AUGACUGAAAUGAACGAAUUUCUUUUGGAUAGCCAUCGUGCAAGGAUACAGGAUACACCAUUCCAAUGGUGUUUGCACAUAGUAAAACCGUUACAAAUAUGUAAUCCCCUUCUGCUGGAGAUGUUGAAGCGAUGGUUACCUGCUCAUGAAUCUUUCCGUGUCAUGCAACGGUGUAUUCCAUUUACUUGUGGUGACAUUUCCAUGUGCUUAGGAUUGGGUGGUGUUGGGGUAGAUGUCGAAUUUGAUAAAAAUAUUUGUGGUGUUAUUGGUUCAGUUAUGAAAGAUAAAUUAAUAACAGUUGAAAAUGUUAUUGAUGAGAUUAAGAGUUUGGUACAGGCUGAGUUUGUUAAUGUUGAUAAUGUUUGUCACAAUAUAGAUAGGUUGUCCAGUUACAAUUGGGGUAAAACAGUUCAUACCUAUCUGGUUAAAAGUUUAAGUCGUGCCUUUUUGGCACUUGGUCAGACGGAAAUCUGCUUAAGCGGGUCAACAACAGUUUUGCAGUUAUGGGCUGUAGAACGACUUCGAUUAUCUGCGUCAGAUGCAGAGUUAAUUUUUCCAAGAAUUUUGGGCUGGACAGACGUUCAAUUAAAGAGAACACGCAUUGAGAAGUUAUUUCAAGAGAGCCAUAUAUUUUUGGAAUGGAGGUUGAGAGAAGAAGACCAUGAGAAUGAAAUGAUUCGACAAGCCUUGCAACUUGGAGACAAACGACAAUCCAAAAAAGCGCAUGUAGAUUUAAAGUUUGCGUCGAUGCAAGAUUUGUUAAAGAAGUUGCGAAAUCAUGGAAGACACCUACGGAAGAUGAAGAAGCACAUGACGAAAUUGCGUGAGGAAAUAUUGUCUAGAUGUCAUGUAGGGGAUGAAAAAGAUGGAGAAAAUGUUCACGACAAGGGUGGGGAAGCUGUACACGAAGAAGGCGAUGUUGAGGUUGAGGUUGAAGUUUGUCACCAUGAGGAUGAAAUUCAUGACCAGGUUCAUAAAGGUUUUGACUUGAACUCUGAAUCCGAUGUUGGCCAUUUUGGGGAGGUUUCAGCACUUCAAAGUUCCAUAUGA